AUGGCCGUGCGGCGCGCGGUCGCUCCGCAGCGCAUGCUGCUGCUGCUGCUGCUGCUGGCCGCCGCGGCGGGGGCCGUCGCCGCCCUGCCCGACGCCGCCACCUGGUCGGUGCGCCCCGUCGCCCAGCAGCAGGCCGACGCCUCGAGCGUGCCGCCUCCGCAGCCGCUGCUCAACCUGCCCACCACCUCCACAGAUGGGCCGGCGGAGACGACCAGCGCCGUGUCCCUUCAGGACGCCAACCCCACGCCGGCCGAGGAGCAGCACGACGUCAAGCGCUAUGCCGUCUCGACGGUGGAGUUCGAGCGAGUGCAGACUCCGUUCAUCAUUGGCCUGUGGAUAUUCAGCGCCAGUGUCGCUAAAAUAGCCUUCCACAUGGCGCCGAAGGUGAGCAAGAUGUUCCCGGAGUCUUGCCUGCUGAUCGUGGUGGGGCUGCUGAUCGGGGCUAUUCUCUUCUACGCGGGCAAGGUGCACGUCAGCACCCUUACGCCCGACAUCUUCUUCCUGUACAUGCUGCCGCCCAUCAUCCUGGACGCCGGCUACUUCAUGCCCAACCGGCUGUUCUUCGACCACCUGGGCACGAUCCUGCUCUUCGCCGUGGUAGGCACCAUCUUCAACACACUGACUAUCGGCUUGUCGCUCUGGGCAGCGGGACAGACCGACCUCUUCGGCUGCGAGACACCUCUCUUGGACAUGUUCCUCUUCUCUGCACUCAUCUCGGCAGUCGACCCCGUUGCGGUGCUGGCCGUGUUCGAGGAGAUCCACGUCAACGAGAUCCUCUACAUCGUCGUUUUUGGAGAAUCGCUGCUCAACGACGCCGUGACAGUGGUGUUGUACCAUAUGUUCGAAUCUUACACUGAGAUGGGGCCUGAAAACAUUAUUUAUACUGAUGUCUUAGCAGGCCUGGCUUCAUUUUUUGUUGUUGCCUUAGGAGGCACAAUCAUUGGAAUUAUCUGGGGCUUCCUUACUGGCCUUGUUACACGAUAUACGCAUCAAGUUCGUGUAAUUGAGCCAAUAUUCAUCUUUGUUAUGGCCUAUUUAGCAUAUCUUAAUGCAGAAAUCUUCCAUAUGUCUGGCAUACUGGCAAUAACUUUCUGUGGUAUAACAAUGAAGAAUUAUGUGGAAGCAAAUAUAUCACACAAAUCUCAUACCACAGUGAAAUAUGCCAUGAAAAUGCUAAGUUCCUCAUCAGAAACCAUAAUAUUUAUGUUCCUUGGAGUUGCAACAGUGAAUGAUAAUCACAAUUGGAACACAUGGUUUGUGGUUUUAACAGUUGCUUUUUGCUCUGUCUACCGCACUAUUGGCGUUAUACUGUUGACGGCUAUUGCAAACCACUUCCGGCUCCACCAACUCACACGUGUUGACAAAUUUGUAAUGUCAUAUGGUGGACUGCGAGGAGCUGUAGCAUUUGCCCUGGUCUUACUCAUUGAUCGCAAGCAUGUUCCACUGCAACCUAUGUUUGUUACAACAACUAUUGCUGUCAUAUACUUCACUGUAUUCAUUCAGGGUAUAACAAUCAAACCUCUAGUUAGGAUAUUAAAUGUGAAACGAGCAGAAAAGAGGAAACCCACAAUGAAUGAAAGGAUACAUGAAAGAUUAAUGGAUCAUGUGAUGGCUGGAAUUGAAGAUAUCCUUGGACAACAUGGAAAUUACCAUCUCAGAGACAAAUUUAAACGUUUUGAUAACAAAUUCAUCCGUCCAUACCUGUUGCGAGAUCAUCAAGGAGCAGAACCAAAGAUACUUGAAACUUAUUCAAAAUUGGCAAUGAAAGAUGCCAUGGAGUAUAUGCGUCGAAAUGCGUCAACUGUUGGAAAUAUUUCUGGAACAGAAUCUAUGUCAGCAAUAUUUAGAAAUUUCACUAGUGGGAAUAUAAAUGGAAAUAUGAGUACUAACUUUAAUGGAAGUUUCAAUCAUCUUGAUUCAAGCACAUGGAACAUAGAUAUGCAGGAACUGGAAUAUAACCCCUCCAAAAAAGAUCUUACUGAUGCUAAAAUACACCAUUUGCUGGCAGAAGAAUUAUGCAAACCUUACAGAAGGCAUCGCCGACUUAGCUAUAGCAGGCAUGCAGUUAAUGACCGUGAUCUAUCUACUCAAGUUAAUUAUCGUAUGCAUAUGAACAUACGUCGCAUGGUUGGUGAGAGAAAGCAUCACCAUAAGAGGAGCAAACGACUGGGAAAGGAUGGAAAGCAGAACCAUGUCAGUUUUCCUGGAAUUACUCAGAAUGGCUCAGCAAAACAGUUCACUCAUGAUUACAUUACCGAGGUUCUUCAGGAGACUGAAAAUGACACUGAAAUACCAAAAUCUGCAAGUAAGGAGGACUGGGACAGUGCUAUCACAUUCACAGCCAAAAGUUCCUAUGAUCCAGUAUCAGGUGGAGACGGGCUUCAGAAAAAGAUGUCACGUGAUUCUGAUGGUGAAUGUGCACGUGUGACGACUCCUACUGCUACUGAGACCAUGUUGCCUUGGAAGCGUGACGACGAAGGCGAAUUAAGCACUGGUCCUGUCAAGCAGAGCGAGUUCCCUGCCUGGUGUUCCAAUAAGGAAUACCUUGCAUACAAUUCACCUUCUGCUACAUUCCUAGGGGGCAUAGAGCAACCAAAAGUGACUUCCGUAAUUGGACUGUUUCGACGAGAAAGUGCUGGUUCAGUUCACCAGGAAUCAAGGGCAAGUUCAGAAUCUUCACUUCGAGAAUCCCCACCACCAACUUCCAACACUGUGCUCCUUAUAGAGGAGCCAGUAUCUCUCCCAGGACCAGGAAGACGUCCACCCACUGCAAGAAGAGGCUCAAUGCUGGAAUUAGGAUCAUCUGUAAAUCCGAUUCCAGAAGAAGAUAAUAUCAGUUCUCCUCUGGACAUUGCAGGUGGCAAUGGAAGAUGGCCGACUGUGCGUCCUCCUCCACCACGGCUUGCUGUUCUUGCCACAUCUUCUUCCUCUUCUUCUUCCUCCUCUUCACUUGAGUCUAGUGCUGAUGAAGAGGAAAAGGCAGUUGUUGCGCGGACGCACAAAUAGUUAAGGCUUCCCCGCUCACAUGAAGGAGCAAACCUGACGAAUAUUCGCUACAGGUAUCUUCGUAAAUUUGAAAGGUUGUAGACCACAGUAUUUUUUCUGAACUGUCUAUUAGACAGUCAGUCUGACAUUAAGGUGAAAUUUUUGGGACACUGUGUAAUACGGUGUUAUUUAAGAUGAAAUGCAUGUUGAUCAAAGAGUGAGUUUCAUUAAGUUAUGGUGCCUUUUAUUUUUCUCCCAAAGUGUAUUUUUUGCCUGCAGAAUUUUCUUUUCUUCUUCAGACAUUAAUGCGUGAUAUUUAAUGCAUCUUGCAGUGACAUUAAAAAGGAGUGUGUUAAAAAAACUGGUAACUGGAAAAGAAAUGGUAAUACACACUUUUAUAAGUUAUUUCUUGCCUUAAUGAACAGCACAAAAUGUAAACAAGAGUAAUUGUUGCUGUCUUGAAAUGCAACAGAAGUGGUUACUGAGGAGUGCAGAAGUACUUAUUAUAAAAUAUUAAUCGCACAUUCUAAUUACAUGUACUACUUAAGAGUGAUUCUCAAUCCAUAUUAUUGUUGAUUACACCUCAUUACUAUAUUUUUGCUCAUUUUAUGGUGAAAAUCAAAACAUUUUGAGAAAUGAAUAUGUAUUUUCUAAGAUGAAAUGCAGUCAGCUGAUUAGUUUUAUUGGCUGGUUAAAAGCAACACUAGAAUUAAUAAACUUAUGUGCCUAUCUAGUGCUAACCAUGUUGGUUGUUGUGUCAACGAAUCUAUUUUAGGAUGAGGACAAUACAAAAUGAUGGUUACCUUGUAAAACAAAACAAAAAAACAAAAAACAAAAAAACUUUCUCUGUGAUGAAGAAAGGCUGGUUUGUACAGAAAAAGAUUAGUAUUGUAACUUUGCUAAGAGGAGUACAUGGUGUAAGGUAUAUUUUUGAAGGUGCUGUGUUUGAGUAUGAACUGAUUAAGAAGUUGAUUAAAAAUAAUAUCUGAUAAAGGGUAUGAAAUGAUUUUUACUAGGUGGAGAUAGGUUCUCAUUUUAGAGUGUAUGUAAUUAUUUUAAAUAGACCAUGGUGCUAAUACUAUUUUAUUGUUAUCACAUAGGUAAAAAGUUUAUUUUCAUAGAUCAGAUAUCCAUAAUGAAAUAUGGUUGAGUUAGUAAAAUAACAGAAAUGUUGUAAGUUGUAAUGGGAUGGAAAAUUACAUACUGAAUGAUAAAAAUUUGUUUUCAUGUCAUUAUGCUUUCAUCUGUCACAUCUGUGUAAAACUUUCUGAACACAUAUAUCAUUUUAUGCACAAAAAUAACUUCUUGACAAGUGUUUAAGAUUGUUUAAUUUGUAAUAUCUUUAUGUUUUGCUCAUCUGUCAUUCUUGUAACAGCUGUGCAACACAUGAGAACAGAUAUUACAACCUCUUACCUCCUUGAUCACAGAUAGUCUAAGCUUUGUGAAAGAAUUUAUAGAUGUUUCUUCAUAAUUUCUUUUAAAAAUAUAAUUUUAGCAGUUCUAUGCUAAUGCCAUAACCUCCAGCCAUAUCAUAUCUUUGCCAUCAAAAGUAUUCUACCACAUCCAUUUCAAGCGGAAUGUAAGUCUACUCACUUUAAAAAACUUGAAUGUAUGAGCAGAGAUUGCUCCAUUACCAUAGUAUGCUUAAAUUUUUCAUAUGGAAUUAGUAUAGUUUUUCACAUUAUCACAUCACAACUUGUUACCAGCUACUUACUUUUCAAGCACAGUUGUUCCUAACUAAAUCUCAGCAGUAUUAGUUUCCUCUAUAAUAGUACAUCUGUUAGUAGGUUAUUUUCUGACAAAAACAGAAUGAAUGAUCUAAUGGCAGUUGUACCUGACAGCAGAGAUGAAAUUAAAAUUAUAUCUUAUUUGUCAAACAUGUUCUUAAAUGUUUUUUCGGAUGCAGAAAUAUUUCCGACUACUGAUGUCUUUGACAUUAAAAUCAGACUAUGUAUAAUUAAACUCUAUGCAAAUAUGCAUUUCAUUAGUGGUGAGAGAAUAUGAUUCAUUUUUAUUUCUCAAUAACACUUUAUCAUUUUCUGAACUGCUAUAGGUAUAUUUUGGUAGGAUGCCAGACUCAUCUAAAGUGUAUGUGCUUAUAAUUUUCAAAGAAGUUUUUCUUUUUUAGCUAUCUUCUUUUCUUUGUGUGUUAAAUAUAUAUUACAAAUAAUGGGUGGACAUGACUUCCACAAAUUUUGAUAUAAUCACUAAUAAAUGAUGGUUGUACUGAAAUACAAACAUAAAAGGCAAUGUGAAAAUUAAAAUUAAGAAUCAGAAAUUUUCAGAUCUGUAAAAGAAUUAUAUUCAGUGGAAACAUUCAUUCUCUUAUGCAAAUGACUGCCAUUUUUUCUGUAGGAUUUGCCUAAUUCAGUCCAUGCACUGCAUUUAUAUUUUAUUCCAUGUUUCUUUGUUUAUGUAUCAUCCCAUGUUCUUUCUGCUUGGGAUAGUAAAAAUGUUGUUCAGUGAUAUUUCUGCCAGUACUUAAAAUUUCCUUUCAUCGUAUAUCCUUUGUGCUUGGGGUAAUGACAAUAUUUUUAAUGAUAUUUUGACCAGUACUUAAAAUUUCAGUAAAGUUAUCAUUAGUAUGUAUUCUAUACUCUCUCAUCAAGUUUGUGUAACUUGUAUAUAUUUACCUCUUUUGGACAAGGAUUCUAAAUAUUUUCUGUGUAAACUGCUGGUCAGUAGACACAAUACUGCCUAACUACUGUAUUUAUUAAAAAAUACAUUGAGCAUCACUAUUAAUAUUCAGGGCUAAAAAAAUAAUGAUCUAUUUCUCAACUUUAAUAAAGUUCUCAGAUGCUUGGGUAUACCAUUUAGAUGGGAAGCAUAGAAAUUUGUACUGAAGGCUUAAGCAGUGCUGACUGUCUAUGAGGGCUUUUUACUUUGGUGAUAAAACCAUCUCACUAGUGCCUUGUUCGAUUACAGCAUUUUAAGGCUGUAAUCUCAGCAGUGUGUUAGAUGCACUAUUUAUUUAUGUAAUGUGUAAUGUGAAUUAUGAAUUUGUUAUAAAUGAAGGAUAUUGAAGUGUGUGAAUGGA